CCGCCCACUUCCGGGACCGCUAGCUAGCUAGCUGGCCGUGCGAGUACUUGUGUAGCCUAGUGUUACAGCUGACAAAAGAGCAACCCACCAACUUCGCAACACUGCGCAAAGAAACCACGAUGCAAGCAGAGGCUACCUCAGACAUGUGGAGUAAGAGGAGAGAGGCAGUCAAGACUAAGAUUGAUGAAUCUGCUUCGACCCUGAAUGACCUCAGUCAGGACAUCUGGUCCCAUCCCGAGCUGGCUUUUGAAGAACGCUAUGCCCACAAGGUCCUCACAGAUUUCUUCGAGAAGGAAGGGUUUGAGGUGACAAGAAAUUAUCAUUUAGAGACAGCAUUCAAGGCUACAUAUGGGACGGAUGGUGGCGUCCAUGUUUGUGUAAUCUGUGAAUACGAUGCUCUUCCCGAAAUUGGCCACGCCUGUGGACACAAUCUAAUCGCCGAGUGUGGAGCAGCCGCAGGUCUAGGGAUCAAAGCUGCAUUAGAGUUUGGAGGGACACCAAUUGGAAGGGUGACCGUCCUAGGGACUCCUGCGGAGGAAGGGGGAGGGGGCAAGAUUGACCUCAUCAAUGCUGGAGCAUUUGAAGGCAUGGACAUUGCUAUGAUGGCUCAUCCUUACCCCAAUAACCUCUCAAGACCGAUGAUGAUUGCAGUGGACAGGGUAACAAUAUCCUACAAAGGUCUUGCUGCACAUGCCUCUACAGCACCCUGGGAAGGAGUGAACGCCUUGGAUGCAGCUGUAAUGUGUUAUAAUAGUAUCUCAGUCAUGAGACAACAGCUGAAACCAGAAUGGAGAGUUCAUGGCAUAUUUUCAAAUGGUGGAGCCAAGCCUAAUAUCAUACCAGAAGAGGCAGAGCUGUUUUACUACAUGAGGGCUCCGACACAGGAAGCACUCUCACAGGUCAAGAAGAAGGUCGUAGGGUGUGCCCAGGGUGCAGCCGUGGCAACAGGUUGUGAGUGCACCGUGAAAGACCUCAGAGGCUAUGCUAAUGUUGUCACCAAUCCAACCAUGGCAACCAUCUACGAGAAGGAGGCGACCCAAAUGGGUGUGGUCUUUGAUGACCACGGUGGUUCCGGUUCAACCGACAUGGGAGACGUGUCCUACGUGGUCCCUAGCAUCCAUCCUAUGUACUACAUGGGCACCGUGGCAGCCAACCAUUCCAGACCAUUCACUGCAGCGGCAGGUGCUGCUGCAGCCCAGCCUCCUACACUGAUCCAGGCUAAAUCCUUGGCUCUGACAGCUCUGGAAGUCAUGAAACCAGGAAAUGAGGAGGUCUUAGCAAACAUCAAAAAGGACUUUGCUCUUCAGAUGGGAGGAGCAAAAGCGUAGCUAGGUGCAAACUGUCCAUAGAUUGUGUCCUCCAGGGCUCUGCUUCAUAACUUGUUUUCAGCAACAAAUGCCAAAAUCAAUGGAAAGCAACUUUAUAAAAUUUAUAUGAUAUAUAUUUAUACACAUAUAUACAUAUAUAUAUAUAUAUAUAAACACAUAUAUAUAAGAGUGAUCUUUGAAUGCAAGUGGUCAUUAAUUACUAAAGAAAGUCACACUGUAUGGUAGAUAUCUUAAUCAACUCACUUAACGGUAAGCAACCAGACGGCUGACGGCUUUAGGUCCUCUCUGAGGGACCUGGUAGUGAGGAUUAAUGCCUUACCAAAGGGCACUAGCGCAUUGACUUGGUAUCGAACCCGGGUCACCGGAUUAUGAGACCAUGCACUGCUCUACCGACUGAGCUAUCGCGUCUCCUUAGAAUGGCUGUUCUUCAGUAAAUAAAGUAAUGUGUGGAUUAUCGGAACAGUGCUAGUGUAUGCUCACUUAAAACUGGAAUGCAAUGUAUACAAAGGUGUCUUUACAAAAAAAGGUACCACCCAAAACCACCAAAACAUGUGUUGCAUGCUCAUAUUGUACGGGGCUUCCAUUUUGCUAUACUGUAUCCAAACUAUGAGCUCCAAAUAUUUCUUCUUCAAAUAGAAAGUGCAAUAACAUAUAUUAAAGGUAUUACAAAGUUUUGGUACAUUUUGAAAAUU